UUUCAAAAAGGUGAUCAAACUGACUUCAAAAAUCUAGCCAAUUGGGAUCGAAAUAUUGACCAAUUAAAUUCAAAUAUUGGGGCAAUUUUUUCAGCAAAGUGACAGAUUGAGAGUGUUUUAUAUAGAAUAAAGUAGUAAAAGUAAAACCUAUCCACCAGCUAAAAUUGUUUUAAUCUUAUUACUUCUUUUUUCCUCUUGUCUUUUGUCUAUUGUCUCUUUAAAAAUGGAAUCUUAUUUAGCAAACAUAGAUGCUUAUAUGCAACAAAAGCAACGAGAAGAAGAAGAGCAACAGAAUCAACAAAACAAUAAUAAUCUUAAUGAUAGCACUAAUCUUACUUCAUCUAUUGAUGACAUUUGGCUUAAUUAUAUACCUACAAGUAACAUUACGACUACUGAACAACCUACAUUUUAUAGUUCAAUGUACAUGAAUUCACCUUACUAUACUGAUAACACGAAUAUGAAUUCAGCUUUACCAACUAAUGUGACAAUGACUCAAACAUCUUCACCAGUGUCAACUAAUUUUAAUCUUUCUCCUCCUCCUCUUUCUUCGCCUCCACAACAACAACAACAACAGCAACAACCAAUAAUUGGACCUGAUGGUCAACCUAUCCGUAUUCGUAAAAAGCCAGGACGGAAACCUAACCCUACUUCGCCUGCUCUCCGAAAAGCUCAAAACCGUGCUGCUCAACGAGCCUUUCGAGAACGUAAAGAGCGUCACAUUCGAGAGCUUGAAUUAACAAUACGCCAGCUACGUGAUCAACGUGUUAGUCUUACACGUGAGCUCAAAUCGGUAAAGAAGUCCCUCGAAAUUUAUAAUAUUGAAAACUGGUAUUUGAAGGGAUUAGUGCUUACCUUACAGUUUAUUUGUAUGCAUCAUAAUAUUCAAAUUCCUGAACAUAUGCCUUAUUUAAGAACCGAGGCUUUACAUAAAAUAGGUGUGGAGAGCCCACAUGCGAUUGAAGCGUAUAUAAAUACUUAUACUAAAAAUGACACGAAUUUAAAAUCAACCAACACCAAUACCAACACCACCACCACCACCAACACCAACGCCAACACCAACACCACCACCACCACAACAACAGAAGCAGAAACAAAAACAGAUAUAGAAGCAGCAACAACAAAGCCCUCAGUAAUCCAUCAAGACAAUAAUAAUACAACCAUUUUAGCAUCUGAAUCCAACAUAAAGCAAGUACUCCCUGUUUCCAGUCAAGAAGCUAUUCAAUACAUACGACUUCAUAUGUCAACACAAGCUGCAUUACCACAUACUUCCAUUCAUGAUCAUGGCCUUUCACAUCUCAACCCUACUACUUUACAAUUAGCUAUACCUGACCAUGACCCACGUAUCGAUUUUAUUCCAGCCCCGCAUAUGCGUGACCGUAUGAUUCUGUUUCGCAAUCAAAUAGAUUAUGAUCGUUGUUUCAACAUGUUAAUAAAUGGAGCUGUAUAUCAUGGUGGAGACCCAACCAAGGCUGAAAGCUGGGAAUUGCCUACUGAAUUCUUUAAUGAAUUUUGGUAUCUAACAUUAGAUUAUGAUAUUCGAAAGACAAAUAAGUGGAGAAGGCUGAAAGGUCUAAAAGACCUAACGCCGCGUUUACAAAAUAGAAUAAUAAAUAAUAAUUGUCAAGACUUUAAUGGAUCAUUAAGGCGACAAGAUAGUUCACAGUCAUUAGAAAGCAUUGUAGAUUUAAUGUCUUCACUUUAAUAACAACAAUUGUGUGUUUUCCAAAUACCCUGAAUCAUCAUUUAUCCAUAACUCAUAUUCAUUUUCAUUCGACUGUUUACCAGCCAACAUCAUAGGCUUGUUGACAUAGAGAGGUGAUAAACAACGAUAUUCAAACGAUAUUACACGCCUCUUUGUCUGCUCUCUUAACAGUUCCAUAAGUAAUGUGCCACUGAGUGGACCAUGAACCAAACACGCUGGAUGAUGUUCUAUAUUUGUUGCAUAUUCAUGAUCAAAAUGUAUUUUAUGUGAAUUAAACGUUAAUGCAGAAUAUCUAAAUAAUAAAAUGGAAGUGGGGGUGAUGA